UCAUCUCUGUGAAAGUAUCUAGACCAUAGAAGUACACACGCCACUCGAAAGCAAUUGUUUUAUCCGAGGAAUAAUUACGCAACUGGGGUUUUGUCGUCGGCUGGCACGAUAUCAAGGCGCCUUUGCAGACGAUUGUGACGGUCCUGCUACUGAUAGCUCGUUCUGCGAAUCAAACACAAGUAAUUUUUCUGGGAACGGACUGUAUUAUAUGUUACAUUUUCUAAGAAAUCUUUAUUAAACAAUUCUCAAGAGGAAUACAAUUAUUUCUUGGGAUAGGGUGUUAUUUGUAGAUCUAAACGUAUGCUGCUGAUUACGCCGUUGCUGUAGUUGUAUUUAAACACAAGGAAACAGUUUAGUGGUGUAGACAUUAUAGUAUAUAUGUUUUCUAUCAGGGACUAAACUCAACAGUUUGCUAAGUUAAGAUAUACGCGUCUGCCUGAGGAUCUUGAAUUGUUAACAUUUGGAGAACUAUUUUGAUUUAAUAGUUUCGACGAAUGACCUAUUUGUAGGUCUUAAGCGUUUCGUGAAGAUUGAAUUUAAAUUAAUAUUAAAAGAAACUUGUCUAAUCGAUUUCAAAAUGGUCGGCUCAACGAGAACGUAUUUUUAUAUGGUAGUGUUUGCUAUAGCUGUGUCAGUGGCGGUUGCAGACAACAUUAAAAUCAACGACGCCCCAGAAGAAGUUAACCUUGACACAUUUCAAGAAGAAAUGGAAGAUCUAGAAGAGCAGUUUCGACAUAGAACGAAAGUGCAUCACUUUGCUCGUCACGGUCUGUGCAAUCACAUGCCCGGCAAACUGAAGUUCUAUAAAGCUCUGCAGAAUCACUUCCACCGCAUCUCAGAUCACAUGAAGAUCGUCUUUAUAAUGGAUAUCUGUUCUCGCAAGGAUAAAAUGCUGAACCAUUGGGUAAAAGAAAUCUUCGACAGAGAUGGAGAUGGCUACAUCUCACACUUCGAGAAAGAGUUGUAUGAUCACGACUGAGUCACAUGCCAGACUGUCAACGUUUAUCAUGAAUUACUGUCCUGAGAAUAAACAUGGAAAUACAGCAUAAACGAAAAAAUUAAUGCAAAAGCCACUUUCUACUCUAUAUAUUGGCAAGACUAUUUGCAUGUUUUGGGAGUAGACCCUGAUUGGUGAUGGCAGAUAUCAAAUAUGUGCAGAAACGUUCACCCUCAACACUUAUUGUGGAACAGCCACAGCGCUGCAAACUGUAUUUAUACAGGCGCCACAUUCUCUAUGAUUAUGCUUUCAAAAAUACUACUACCAGGUAAUAUAUAUAUAUAUAUAUAUAUGUAUGUGUCAAUUCAAAUUAACCUGAUUAUUGAAUUGAAAUUGAUACUUGGUAUUGAAAUUGGAAUGGUUGUGGCAAUAAUCUUGCAGUUAUUAAAAUAUACUUGUAUAAUGGCCAUUUAUUAAUUUGCUUAAACGUGUAUAUCAUUAACACUCUCGCAUUCUGUGAGAAAAAAAAAACACACACCGACUUUGUAUUAUAAAACGUGUUGUUUUACCCGAAUAGAGCUGAUAACUUGACGUUAAAUACUGAGUUUUAUAUAUCAUUUAAAAGGUAUGAGAUAUAUUUUUGAUCCACGACUACAUUGUCAAUAAUAAUAAAUACUAAAUAAUGUUUAGGUCAAUCUCAAAGUAUUUACUGUUUUUGUUUAAAUAAUACUUUUGUUAGAUUUGUUCUGUUUAAAUAUUAAUUACACGUUUGUUGGAUUUUUUUCUGUAUAGUAUAAUUUUAGGUGACGGCAACACAAAUUAAGCUCAUGAUAAUGUUUCUUAUGUUUCGGUUGAUACAUUAAUUUUUAAUCUUAUUAAUAAUUUCAUAAGCUCUAUAUAUGCGUUGUAUACACAUUAAUCCUAUUAGAAGAAAUGGUGAUGUUCGUUUAAUUGUUUAGAGAAGGUAACACUGAAGCAUUGAUUCAACUUGACAUAUAUAUAUAAAACAGUAGUCAUGACAACUCGUAUUGACGGUUAGGUGUACAAUUAUGUAUCUAAUGCCGAGUUAUGUUUAUAAAAUAAACAAUACGGAUGUAUUCUUUGUCAAUUACAUUAACUUCACAACGAUUUGUGUCACUUAAUAAUUUAAAAUGUAUCAGUCUAUGAUAAAAGUAUGUGUUUUAUCUCCUCUACACUUUCCUUCGUUGACUUUAUUAGUUUUUUGUCAUGUCAUGCUAAUUUAUUU